AGAGAGUUUGCGGAACGCGCACAGUAAGCAGCAGGCAGUUAGUGGGUGCCGGUUUCAUAUUCGCAAAAUUUCACAUUCCCAGCUCGUUUGAGAGCGUCUAAAAGGAAUUCUUUAAAAAAAAGUCUGAAGAGCACCAAGUACCUGAUCCAGGUAAACAAGAAUUCAAUCCGUUUCCUUUAGAGGGUAAAACAGUUCAUCAGUUCUUUCCUCGGAGUCAUUUAUUAAUUAGGAUUUACUGAGGUGCUAAAGAUGGAGAUGAAGCCAACAGAAGCUGAAACUGAAAAUCUGAAUGAAGAGAGGAGUAGCGAAUCACCACAAUGCUGUUCAUGGUGUCAUAAGGUUCACACAACUGUGUCUAAUUGGAUGCUUCCCGAAGACACAAGAAGUCGCUAUAUGGAAAGAGCAAAUUGCCUUCCUCCACCAAUCUUCAUUAUCUCCAUAAGUAUCGCUGAGCUGGCUGUUUUCAUAUACUAUGCAGUCUGGAUGCCUCAGAAGCAAUGGAUUACCUUGGACACAGGGGUAUGGGAAAGUCCAUUUAUAUAUAGGCCUGAUAAAAGGCAGGAAGCCUGGAGAUUUGUUUCUUACAUGCUCGUGCAUGCCGGUGUCCAGCACAUAAUAGGGAAUCUAUUUAUGCAACUUAUUCUGGGAAUUCCAUUAGAGUUGGUUCACAAAGGGCAUCGGGUUGGCCUGGUCUACCUUUCAGGUGUAAUUGGAGGCUCAUUGGCUAGCUCAAUAUUUGAUCCACAACUAGGACUAGUUGGAGCUUCUGGUGGAGGCUAUGCUCUAAUGGGAGGCUACUUUAUGAAUGCACUAGUGAAUUUUAAACAAAUGGUGCCACUGUUUGGUGUUUUCAGAUUAGCUUUCAUUUUGAUUAUAGUGGGCACAGAUGUGGGGUUUGCCUUAUACAGAAGAUUCCUUACUGAAGGACAUGGUUUCCGCGUGUCCUUUGUGGCUCACAUUGCGGGCGGUUUAGCUGGAAUGACCAUUGGCUAUGUGGUUUUCAGCUGCUAUGACCAGAAACUCUUAAAGGAUCCUAGAUUCUGGGCUUCAAUUUUGGCGUAUAUUGCCUGUGUAGUGUUUGCAAUCAUAUUCAACAUCUUCCUGUCUCCUGCUCCUUAAAGAAGAGAGAGGGAGAAUGGAUUUUUAAAAUGCACAGUAAUACUGACAGAGUAUUCAUCGAACACUGAUGACAAGAACAUCAAAGCUCCUGAAGAACCAAUGGAACAUUUAUUUCCCACAGACUUCUCAGAAUUGCACAUUGCCAGUAAUCUAUCUUUAACACUUUGCCACUGGUAUUGUUUGUAGAGUUAACUUUUAUUAAGCAUCAUUACAUAACAACUUCUGCUUUGACUUGAAUUUGGAGAAAGAGAAGAAUGAAUAGAGAAUUGAGUUUGUGUUUUUUUUAUUAAGUGCAUGGUGCCAAAUAUUUGACUUUUCCUCAAUUUGUCCUAUUUUUGUUUAUGUUGAGGUGCUGUAAGACUUUAUCAAUCCCAGUACUGAAAUUGCAAUCCCUAAUGUACUCAUAUAGUCACACUUUUGCAGAGAUGAGCAUCAGACUGAACUAUACACUCAAUGUAAUCAGAUUGGACAAUUGAGAUUAAUUCAGUAAAUAUCUCAAUUUGGCUAUAUUCUGGCUUGAGAACAUGAGUCAUUUUUUCAGAACAGACUGUAUCCCUAAACCUAUGCAGCUCCAUUUUCCAAACUAUCACUGUAGCCCAGCUAUUUUUCAUCUUAUCUCCCAGUAUUGUGUUUUUUGAGCUCUCAGUACACACUUGGUCAUUAUUACAUCUGCCCUAAUAAUCUAAUUUGUAGUCAUCUUCUGAUAUCUGAUUACUUAGUUGGUGGUCUUUGGUUCUCUGGCAGUCUGAUCCAGAAUCUCUCUGUCUAAUUUCCAGGCCUCUGUUCUUAUGCAAUUAGCUGUGGUGUGAAUGAAUGUUCUUUGUGAUGACAGAUUGAUUGGCUUGAGGAGGAGAUGCUUUGAUCUCAGCCAGUAUAGAGAUGAUGCACAUCCCUCUAUUUGCUGGCCAUGAUAGCAUAUAGUAGGGAACAGACUAAUACUGUUGUUAAAUUAAUCCUAAUUGGAAGAUCUAAACCUGGAUAAUGGACUCAUUUAUUGUGAUGCAGUUUUGGUUAUAGAUUUUGGUAUGUAGACUGUAUUACCGUUAGUGAAAUGCUAAUUUAAAUGUUGCCUUAGGAACCUUACUCCUUGCCUUAAUAAUGCAUCCUGGGAUUGUUAACAUUAUUGUGGACUGAUCUAUUUUAAUGCCUAAUUUAUAAAUCUAUCUAAAAUGCACUGCAGCUCUUAAAUUUUCAGCUAGACAAUCACAUGUAGCCUGAAGAAACAGAUGGAUGCAAAAACAUUGUGGUUGUUAAAAAUAAAAUUUCCAAGCCAUGAGGGGGGUGUAAAAUUCUCAUACUUGAAAUGUAACAUUGAGUAUAUGUUUACGGUACAGGCUGGAUAUCAUUCUGCAGUUACUGCAUUAAUAGAUGUAAAACUGAUUAAAAAUUACUUGCCAAUGUUAUGUAGAAUUAGCCAAAAGACAAUCUUGAGAAGAAUUUAUUUUGAUCAUGGAUGUCAUCUUCUUUGACAGCCAGUAAUGAGGAAUGUGUAGGAGGCUGACUUGUCUAAUGCUGUUCAGACUUAGUAGGUGACAGUAAUUUUACUAAACUGCUUUUCUGGCAAGGAUCUUUGGUGCUGAACACUCAUACAGGAAUUUGGGCAUAUGCUUCCCACCUUGUUACAAAUCAUUAUUUUCUGUCUAUUAAUUGUAAUGGAUGGAAAAUUUUACGCUCUCCAUAAUUCUGGACUUGUGCUCGCUGUUGAUGAUGUUCAGACUAGAUAUGCAGAUUUGUAAAAUGAUUACAAUGCGACAUACGCCUUCUCUCAUUCACAGUGAUGUUAUAGGGUGUGUUAUGAAUAGUAAAAAAUCGAGAUCAAAGGUACGUUAAAUAUUAACAGUUGUUAUCAACAUUUUAGUAUGAGCUCAAAGGUUGGGUCCCCUCCCUAUAUUAAUGCAGUAAAAGUUUUAUUUCAUGCAUUAAGGAAUUGUAGCCUUUGCAAUUCAGUGACUUUUUUAAGUGUUUGCAAUGAGAAGAAUUCCAUUCCACAUGCAACAGGGCACAAGGUGCUGCAUGGCCUCUAACUAUCCUACAUGUCAUACAGGGUACUUUUGACAUAAGGGCAACAUCAAAACUGUUAUAUUUAGUGAUACAUUGGUUACAUGUGAGCUAUGAUGAGAUAUGUGGUCAGAAAAUUCAAUUGCUUGUUUAACAAGAGUUGCUCCUGGGGAAGGAAGCCAACAUUUUGUUUUGUAUUAAGGAAAAAAAAAAUGAAGAAAUGUUUGUUUUGUUUUUUUAUUCAAUACAGUAAGAUUACUUAGAGAACACUAGUAAAAACUGUUAAAGAUUAUCUCUGCAUGGUGCCUUGUCUCCGUUACAUAUGUUUCAGAAAUGUAUCAAUGAAUCAUAAUUGAGUCAUAUUUAAAUCAGUCUUGUGAUGCCAUCUGCUUACAAAGUCUGACCCAAAUAUAGCCACUAGAGACAAAUUUCACUUUUCUGACAGUAAAAAGAUCAGGCAGUCUCUUUUCAAUUGUGUGGAAUUAUUAUAGUGCAGCACAGAUAUAUUGUGAACCAGUGAUACUCAGUAAAAGCCUAUGGUAGAAUGAUAAACACAAAGCAAAUUGCAGAUGUUCUUCAGAUAUGCUGAUCUAAAUUAGAAACAGCAGCUCUUGUUACUCAACCUUAUUUGUUUUUGUCUUUACUAUAUUGUAACUUACCUUCAGAUAGAGCCAGUGUAUUGAUACAACCUUCUGCAUCUUGAUGAGCUGUGGUGUAUGUCACGCAUCUAUGUGCCAGGAAAGAGAAAAAAGAUGUAAAAUUCCAGAAUAUAGGAACCAAUGACCUGAACCCUGAGUUUUAGCACAUGUACUCAACUUGCUUUUGCAGAAACUGAUUUACUAAACUAGCUGUUUUUAUUCAUUUUAUUUGUCAUAGUUGUUUAAAAUUUAAUGUAUUUCAAGCAACAUAACAUCGGUAAUUGCUUAGGAUAAAACUUCAUCAUUUUCAUAUCUGUUGAGAACUUAAAAAUGUGUUGUUACAGUUUUAAAGGGUUUUUCUGUCUAUUUGUCAGUAAAAUGAUGAUUGGUUAGAAAGUCAGGACCUUGUGUUUUGAACCAGCCUUGACCUGCCUUUUUCUACCUUAUUUUAUAACCAUUUUGAUGCAAAUUUUUGUAUUUACAUAUGAAAAAUACUCAAAUAAUUGUUAGCCUAUACAUAUUUUGUUAGUGAAUAAAUCUAAUUAAUAUGGGACAA